GCGCGGCGGCGGUUGGGUGUGAUGUGACGCGCCCCUCGGCCCCUGCCCGCCAUGGAGGAGCCUCUGCUGGUCGCCCCCAUCAACCCCAACAACUUCCCGGCCAAGCUGUGGCGCCUGGUGAACAGCCCGCGGUUCCGCUCCAUCCGCUGGGACACCCGCGGCGAGGGGCUGCUCAUCGACCAGCCGCUCUUCGAGGCCGAGUUGCUGGGCGCCGGGCCGGGCCUUGGGGCGGGGCCGGGGGGCGACGGGGGCGCGGCCGCCUCGGCCGAGCUCUUCAAGACCACCAACUUCACCAGCUUCAUCCGGCAGCUCAACCUGUACGGCUUCCGCAAGGUGGUGCUGGGCCCGCCGGGCGGCUCCUCGGCCGCGCCCGGGCCAGCGGGCGGCGGCGGCGGCUCCUCCGGGCCCCUGCACCACUUCCACAGCCCGCACUUCCGCCGCGACCGCCCCGACCUGCUCGUCCACCUCAAGAGACUCACCAGUGCCAACAAGGCCAAGCUCGCGGCCGGCCUGGAGGUGACCAGCCGCCCGCCCAACCGCUUCCAGCGGCUGCUCAGCACCUCGCUGCACGGGGACCCGCUCGUGUCGCCGCCGGGGCCCGGCAAGGCCGAGAAGCCCGGUGAGGCUGGGGGCGGUGCAUGGAGAAUGUCAGCUCAGCAACCGGGAACAUGGGGAGGGCCAGGAGCACUGACAAUAGGACAGUUUCAUCGGUCUUUUCGGCGAGACAGUUUAUCUCCUUACUCCUAUGUAUCUGCUUCAUCCCACAACCACAGCACUUUAUCAUCGAAAGGUUCAGAUCGGACUCCAAUCCCUCCCAGAACAUGGCAGAACUCCCUUGGGAUGCUUCCAGGGCAGGUGGAGACUUCCCCAACAUUUUCAGACAAAGGGGUUCCAUUUCCUGUACUCCAGAGGUUUCCAACAGAGGUCACGUACACUCUCCAACCCAGUGCCACGUCUAUGCACAUACAACAAGGACCUCAGACAAUGGCCACUUCUUCCCAGAAAUAUAGCAACUACACACCUUCAGCACAGUACUCCCAAACCUACUACCCAACAGCUGUGUUACAGUGCUGCUCACCUACGGCUCACCUAGAUCCUCUUAGUGGCUGUGGCAGUCCUACAGCCUCAACCUACGCACACUGCAGCUAUUUCCAGAAUCCUCCAAUGCAGUCAUCAUACCCAGUUGAAUUUUUGCCAUCUAACUGGCCAUGCAAUACAUCUGAUGAAAACAAGAAGACAGAAGUAAACCUAGAGGCUGUCUUUCAGAUUGUAGAUGAGAUGCAUUCAUCCCCCAAGCUAGAGAUGGUGAAGGUGGAACCUGUGGAGAACCAGUGUCCAACCCCACAGCCUAAUGCAGGCCAGCAAUUGAUAGUUAAUCCUGGGAAUAAUGAUGCACCUUCCUCGAGUCAUGCCAGCCAGCUGGAGCCUCUUACACCUGUAGGUUCUGAUAUUACAUUUAUGGUGGGAACAGAUCAAGCAAUAGCCUGUUCUCUGCCACAGUCUUCUGAAUUUAUUUAUACUAUCCACACCACCGAGCCUGUAGAGAAUACUGCUGCACAAAUGGUGCGAGAACCUGCAGCCACACAGGAAGAACAUGCAAAACUGAAAGAACAGAUGAGCCAUGCUUCAGCUCAGUCUUCAGUGGUGUUUCUUCAGGAGGGACUGCCAUUCAGUCCACAGCAGGUGGAUCCCAGUAUUAAGUGUCAAACCAGUCCAUCGGAGUCAGUUGUGUCUUCGGAGCAGGUAGGAUUCCUUAUUUCAGAUGUGGAACCUGUGAGCAGAUCUGUCAAAGACACAGCUUCAUCCAUACAAACCAGGUGCAGAGAGAGAAGAAGCAGUUCACAGAAGGGCAAGUCUCCUGAUCUCCAUCUACUGGUGGAUGUAGCUUGCAAACAGGAACACUUUCCAAAAGAAGAAUUAAGAGAGUGAGAAGUGGGUGACAAGCAUGUGAAAAUGUGCAGUAACUGCCAACUGGGUUCUCCAUAUCAGACC